UUUUAUAUUUAACAUCAUUAAAUUGUGUCAGGAUAAAGUAGAAAAGCAGGAAUAGCUUUGACAACAAUAGUGUUUGCUGGAGGGAAACGAAAAGAUGGAUGAAUUUGGAGUUUUUGCUUGUUUCGGGGUAAACGGUCCACCUCAACGGCUGCUGAGUGCUGAAGGGUCGAGCAGGGUGGCUGUGGCUGUUCCUCCAUCUGUCCGCCAGGUGGUGCUGUUCAGCAGCGGGCCGUGGGGGGAAAGGAUCUGUGUCAACGCGGAGCUCAACGACGCUGAGCGGAUACCCAUCACUAUAGGCAAACUGACCCCUUAUAACAAGUGUUUGUCAUGGGAGCAGUGGGAAGAGGAGACCUGGACCGACAGCGUCACACUGAAUGUCACUCUGGAAGGAGGCAACCUGGGGAAAACAAAUUGGUCAGAACCACAGCUCAUCAUGGCUGUUAAGGAAUACACUCCGAAGGAAACCAUGGCUCCCCUCGCUCCCCGGGAGCUCAACGGCAAGAGGAAGAGAGAGCGAAUGGCAGAGGAAGAGCUUGAUGAGGGGAAGGAGACAAAGAGGGGGGAGGAAGAGAACGUGUGUCCCAACGGCGGCCCUGAGAAGACCACACCUGUCCGAAAGGUCAGAGGUCAAACCAAAGGAAGCCAGAAGCUUUUCACAAGCGGAGGAGACGCGAACAAAACUAAAGGAGUUAAUGGAGCAGGAGAGGCGCAGGGGAUUGUGGGAAGAACGCCUCCUCAGAGUGCAGCCAGGACGAAGAGUAGGCCGGCCAAGACUCCCACACAGACCGCCCCUCUGGUCAGCCCAUCCGGUCGCUGGGGUCAGACACUGUGUCCCAUUGACGCCCAGACAGCUAUUCUGAUUGGAGGACAAGGAGCCAGGAUGCAGUUCUGCAAAGACCCCAUGUGGAAGCUGUGCACAGAGGACAUGUCCUGGGUGGCAGCGGAGACACUAGCAGAGGGCCCCACACCAGAUGCCAGGAUCGGUCACACAUCCAUCUUCGACCCUGACUCAAAGCGGAUCUUUGUGUUUGGAGGCUCCAAAAACAAAAAGUGGUUCAAUGAUGUUCACAUCCUCGACACACAGAGCUGGAAGUGGACCAUGGUGGAGGCUCAGGGUAAGGUUCCUCCUCUGGCCUACCACAGCUGCAGCAUGUUCCGGGGUGAGCUCUUUGUGCUGGGAGGGGUGUUUCCUCGUCCCAACCCGCAGCCUGAUGGUUGCAGCGACUCUCUGUAUAUCUUCGAUCCUCACCUCUCCAUCUGGUACGAGCCCAUCGUCACAGGCGACAAACCCUCCCCCCGCUCAGGUCAUUCAGCAUGUGUGAUGCAGGAGAGGAAGAUCUAUGUGUUUGGUGGAUGGGACACUCCUGUGUGCUACAAUGACAUGUACAUGUUGGAUCUCGGUUUGAUGGAGUUUUCUGCUGUGAAAACAAGCGGGAAAGCUCCCUCUCCUCGAAGCUGGCACGGCAGCGCUGUGCUCUCAGACACAAAGUUCCUGAUCCACGGCGGUUACAACGGAAACAACGCUCUCAGUGACACCUUCAUCUUUGACACAGACACCAACAGCUGGACGGAGGUGACACUCCCUCAGCUCUCCAUCCCCAGGGCGGGCCACUCCAUCAUCACCAUGGAGACACCCAGCCUCCACCACUUCACAGAGGAGGCCGAAGAUGCGGAUAUGGUCACGGGCUCCAUCAACAGAACCCUGCUGGUGUUCGGAGGCGGAGACAACGAGGGCAACUUCUACUCCGACCUGACGACUAUGACUGUGGAGGAACUGCUGGCUGCCGUUUGAAGAGACUCACAGCUGAAUCCUCACACCCCCACACCUGCCUCUGUUAUUUAUAUUCCUU